GCGGAGCUGAAUCAGGAAGUGUUUGUCUGGGCAUCUUUCUAGCUGUUUCCGGUACACAGAGGCUCAGCUGCUGGACGGCCCGGGGUUCCCUGUAUACUGGAGAGUUGUGACCGGGAGAUCCAUCAUGGCAGCGCUUGUUAGCGGGCAUCCACUCACCUGCUACAGCCACGUCCUUCACCUCGUUACUGCCACAUCACCAGCCGUCUCAUUAAAGUGAAUGGGACUGUCGGUGAGUCAACAGCAGUUUAUGAAGUGAUUCCUCAUCUUCGGUUUUUAAGAUGGGGCCUCGACGAAAAUAUGUAAAACCAUGCAAAACAAAUGCUGAAAGUGUUGAAAAUAAAUCCAGCGAUCCUAAAGAUUACAUGAACCAGCUAUCCCAUGAAGUGCUUUGCCAUAUAUUUAAAUACCUCCCCCUGCAGGAUAUAAUGUGUAUGGAAUGUUUGUCACGGAAACUGAAAGAAGCCGUGAUUCUCUACCUACGUGUAGUCAAAAUGGUAGACCUUUGUGCUGGACGUUGGUGGGAGUAUAUGCCUACAGGUUUUACCGAUUCAAGUUUCCUGAAACUGCUCAAAAAGAUGCCGGAUAUUGAACAACUUUAUGGCCUUCAUCCAAGGUAUUUGGAAAGACGCAGAGUUAGAGGCCAUGAAGCCUUUAGCAUUCCUGGUGUAUUAGAAGCUUUGCAGUCCUGCCCUAAUCUUCUGGGUGUGGAGACUUCACAUCUGGAGCUUGUAGAAGCUAUAUGGACAUACAUGCCACAGGUGCAUAUUUUAGGGAAAUUUCGAAAUCGAAAUGGGGCUUUUCCCAUACCACCAGAAAACAAGCUGAAAAUACCGAUUGCUGCCAAAAUUCAGACCUUACAUUUAGUAGGAGUAAAUGUGCCUGAAAUUCCUUGUAUCCCAAUGCUGCGCCAUUUAUAUUUGAAAUGGGUGCGCUUAACCAAACCUCAGCCUUUUAAGGACUUCCUGUGCAUCAGUCUGAGAACAUUUGUAAUGCGAAAUUGUGCUGGACCCACAAACUCUUUAAAGUAUGUGCCACUGGUGACUGGUUUGGCUUCUGCUCGCAACUUGGAACAUUUGGAGUUGGUUAGAGUUCCAUUUCUUGGAGGACUUAUCCAACAUGUGGUGGAGGACAGCUGGCGGUCUGGAGGGUUUCGGAAUUUACAUACGAUUGUUUUGGGAGCUUGUAAGAAUGCUCUUGAAGUGGACCUUGGCUACCUCAUAAUAACAGCUGCUAGAAGGUUACACGAAGUACGCAUUCAGCCCUCUCUGACCAAAGACGGAGUGUUUUCUGCACUGAAGAUGGCAGAGCUCGAGUUCCCGCAAUUUGAAACUUUACAUCUGGGAUACGUUGACGAGUUUUUGCUACAAUGUAAGAUGACUAAUGCUGAUCUAAUGAAGUAUGGCCUGGCAGAUGUGGCAGAGAACCCCGGCAUUAUCACUGACAUUGGCAUGAAAGCUGUAAAUGAAGUCUUCUCCUGCAUCAAGUACUUGGUUAUCUAUAACUGCCCUCACCUGCACAACCCAAAAAACUGGAUUACAGAUCACUCUCGUUGGAACCGGCUGGUUGAUCUUAGCCUGGUUCGCUGCCAUGCCAUAAAGUUGGAAUCCUUCAGUCAGUUUGUUGAACUACUCCCCAGCUUGGAGUUUAUUUCGCUGGACCAGAUGUUUCGAGAACCUCCCAAGGGCUGUGCCCGUGUGGGCCUUAGUGCAGGUACUGGAAUUGGUGUGUCUUCUGCCUUGGUAAGCAAUCAGAACUCCAACAAUGAGAAUGAAAACAAUAACAAUCAUCAAAACAACAACAACAACCUACAGCAUAAUAACCAACAGCCACCUCACAUACCACCACCUCCUCCUCCACCUCCACCUCCUCCACCACCACCACCUCCUCCCCCACAGCAAGAAGAAGGAAAUGAAGAACCAGACCUCAGGCCAGAAAACAAUGUGGAAGAAAAGCAUAUUGCUGCUGAGGCUCUAAAUGACAUGGAAGAUGUGUCUCAAGAUGAAUUAAAACUUCCAGAGCAAGAAAAUGAAGUUGCAACUGCAAAUGUAGCUGUGAUACCAAUGGAAAUGGAUGAGGAACGAGCAGGGCCCAGUGGGUUACAGCCAGUUGUGAAAGCUGCACCAAUCACAGUGCAUGACUCAGACAGCGAAGAUGAUGAUGAUCUUGUUGGUAGUCACGGUGAGUGUGGCACCUCGGUUGACUACACUCCUGAAGACAACAAAGGUGAACAGUUGUCAGAAUCCCAGGACAGCACAAUAACUGUAAGCGGGAAAGGCAAAGCACCUUUGCGUAAGAAGUCCAGUGUUACAGCCAAGAGUCCGCCAGAGCAGGCAACACCAUGUGAAGAGAGCAGUUGUGAAAAAGGGUGCCAGGUAACUAGUGAACAAAUCAAGGCAGAUAUGAAAGCAGCCAGCGAUCCAUCUGAGAGGAACAAAGGCAAAGAUGGUUGUGGUGAGGUGGGCACAGCAGGUGGAGUUAUAAAUGCUUGUGAGUCUGCUCCGCAACAUAUAGACAGUGAUCACUCUUUGAAUGAAAGUUCUGACCUUACUGAAGAAUCAGAUUUUUGUACAUGCAAUAGGACCGGAGAACCCAGUGCUGCUCCAGAGCAAGCGUCUAGCACGCGGUGCCCCCAUUGUUCCAGAAAUAUGAACCUUGAGCUGACAAUGCAAAGAGGAAAUGGUGGAGUUGGCGAGGGGCCUCAGCCCUCAACUAGUCGAUCCUUUCCAGGAAAUGGCCCAGAGUACACACUCAGGACUCCACAAAGUGCAGCACAAAGGACUAAUUCAGAAACAGAUUUAGCUCCUUCCUUAUGCCGGGCAGAACAUCAUGAACGCAAUCCCCAGAGGCCUCUCACAAGGGCAAGAUCAAAGCUUUCUCAGGUGUCACUGGUCUCUGAUGGUGAAGCAACACCAAAUAACAGGAAAGCUGUGAAGAGGAAACGCACGGCAGAUAAAUCUACAAGCACUAGUGACCCAGUCAUUGAGGAUGACCAUGUACAGGUUUUGAACCUUAAAUCCAAGAAUCUUGUGGGUAUUACACUAACCAACUGUGGCAUUACUGAUUUGGUUCUUAAGGAUUGCCCAAAAAUGAUGUUCAUUCAUGCAACACGAUGCCGUGUUUUAAAGCACUUGAAGGUUGAAAAUGCUGCCAUUGUAAAUCGCUUUGACUAUGCACAAUGUAAAAAGCUUAAUAUGGAACAGGUAUUGGACCAGAUUCUUAGAAUGCCUCCUGAACGGAAUCGCAUAAUCUACUUGCGUCCAAUGCAGCAAGUAGAUACAUUGACCUUGGAGAGACAGAUAUUUAGUGGACCAUAUCCUUACCACAUCUGUAUCAUACAUGAAUUUAGCAAUCCACCUAAUGUAAGAAAUAAAGUCCGUGUGCGGAGCUGGAUGGACACCAUAGCUAACAUCAAUCAAGAGCUUAUUAAAUACGAAUUCUUUCCUGAGGCCACUCGGACAGAAGAUGAAGUAAAAAAAUAUACAAAGUAUCCUUGGGGCCGGGACAUAUACACACUAGAAGGCAUUGUAGAUGGCGCUCCAUACUCCAUGAUCACAGAUUUUCCAUGGCUGCGAUCGCUCAGAACUGCUGAACCCAAUAGCUAUGCUAGAUAUGACUUUGAGGAUGAUGAAAAAACUACCAUAUAUGCUCCCCGAAGAAAAGGACAACUUUCAGCUGACAUCUGCAUGGAAACAAUUGGUGAGGAGAUUUCAGAGCUGCGGCAGAUGAAGAAAGGCGUAUUCCAGAGAGUUGUUGCCAUAUUUAUACAUUACUGUGAUGUUAAUGGUGAACCUGUAGAAGAUGACUAUAUAUAGAGGUAAAAUCAGUCUUGUGAUUCUGCUGGAGGCACAGAGAGACCAAGAGGAGAUCCACGAAAAUGAACAUUUCCACUGGACCACUUGGCUGAAAGCAAUCCGUGCAGCUCAAGUUCAGGUGGAUAUUUUGUUGAAGGCCAGAAUGCUAUGAAAGCAGCGAUGCGCCCUUUUAUUUUAUUAGUACACGUCUUCCUGGAAGCUCUGACACUGUUGGUGACAGUGGUGCACUUGCAUUUGAACAAGUCUUCACUAAUUCCUAUUAUAUUUGUGGCUGCAUAGGCUUCCUAAAAAUCUGGCUACUUAAAGAAGAACCUCAGGUGAACACAACAUUUAGUAUAUAAACCACUGGAACAGCUGUGUACCUAUGUCUGCAUUUUAUUUUUGGAUGCACGAGGCAUCAAUCCACAGUAGAUGAGAGUCUGUUAAAACCCAAGUGUCACAAGUAUUUCUGAGCAUGUUCGGUGGUCCUCCAUUCUAUGCCAUUAUCCUAUGCCAUUAUCCUGCUCACUGAGUAGUCCAAAGCAAAGCAGGCAUACUUGAAACCAGUGCUGCUGGUUAAUAGGUGAAGGAAAUCUCAUCAACCUAGAUGCCUUUCUGAAGGAGGAUGCCAUUGUCUGACUCGCAAGCUGCAUGCUAAUCCCAGGAUAGCGAAGCAGCAGUUGAACAUCACUGCGAGUAAGGAGGGAAACUGGUAAGUCAGGCACAGGUAGCUUCCAACAGAUCAGUAUUUGGGUUAAUGAGCAAUUCUAAACAAACCUAAAUGGAACUAGGACAACUUAAUUGUCAGUGUACUAAGCACUGUGUGUUGAUGAAGUUGGCAUUGAGAUUAUGACAGGUUCACUUUAAUGUUCAGGUAAGAGACUUGUGAAGCUAACAACUGAAGAAACAACUAAGUAGACGUAGUUGUAAUUAUCUUUGGCCUGACUGGCGUUCUUUUUUCAGUCUCCAGAUAUUCUGAUAUUAUACCAGAAAAAAAACUCUGCAGGAGAUAUCUGGGCUUUGUCAGUACCUUCUGGUAACAAUAAUUAAUAGAAAUGAGGCAUUUGUUCUUAGAAUUUAAAUAUUACAAGGCAAUGUCCUAAGUGUCUUUAAUAAGAAGUAGUAUGGAGCUGCUGCAUUUAAAACUGAAGGAAAGGAAGUAAGUGCAAAACUGAAGUUGCUGCCCAUGGUGCAAUUCUUAUUUAAAUGUUCCAUAAAAUGAAACCAUGUUGGGUUGCCAUUGGCAAAGUCUUACAUUUGUGUGCUGAUUUUUCAGUUUUAAUUGGCCUUUUUACAGCAGUUGUGGUGAUUUAGCUGGAAGAUUAGUGAUGCAUAUGCUGGGGAUGGAAAACUGGUACUAGAAUAUAUUGCCCACCAAGUUAAUCUCUGUAAACAUUGAGCACCUGAUGUCCCUAAUCGUAGAGGCUACUGAUUUGCAAGAGAACAUGCUAAAUAGUCAGCACUGACUGUGUUCCAUGGGUUACACACAUGUUCAAAACAAAGUAGACUUUACGUUUUUAUUUUUUUUCCUUUAAUGCAAAUGCCACAUUUAAAUUACUGUCCGGUUUGGUUGUAUGCCAAUUGGAUGAAUUGCCCACUAAAUGUAACUUCUGACUCUUAAAGAAUCGAAAAGGAUGGUUUUCCUGCAGCAGUUCUUUCCUCCCACAAAAUGGAUUAUACAAUUUGUUCUACACUGUGAAGAAAACAAUAUGACAACCUGACACCAUUAUCUGGCUUUGUAAUAGCUGCUUGCUUUAAUUUGAAAUGAGGCUUUUUGGUGAGCUGUGUAGCCAUCAUCCCAGAGGGAACAGGGAGCCUGUGGAUCAGUCUGCCACCAACCACCUGAAGCUGAAGUGGCACUUUUUGAGUGGAGUUGGCCUUGAAACAUGACUUUUGCACUGAAUUGAAGGCAAAUCAGGAUAUAAAAGAGCAGUUCAUAGAGCUGAAAAAGUUUGUAUAUUUCCUGUAUUUUUGUUUCCUAAUUACAGAUAAGUUUGUUAACUUUUUCCAUAAGCUUUGUGUCGAUUUUUAAAUCCAUAUCCUACACCUUCCACAUAACCGCAUCAAGUAAAAGCUCAUUGGACUGGU